AUGCUGUUGGCGUUUUGUGUCUGUCUCCUCCUAGCAGCAUCAUCCCUUGGGGUCCCAUUAGGUGAACCCCACAAAAGAGUGAGGAACAAGCUGCUUCUGGUCUCCUUUGAUGGAUUCCGCUGGGACUAUGACCGAGAUGUGGACACCCCCAACCUGGACAUCAUGGCCCAGGAUGGUGUCAGGGCCACUUACGUGACGCCCCCGUUCAUAACCAUCACCAGUCCAGCGCACUUCACCCUGCUUACAGGUCGGUACAUUGAGAACCAUGGUGUUAUACAUAACAUGUGGUUUAACAUCACCACUCAAGAGAGGAAACAGUACUAUAUGACACAGUUUGUUGAUGAGUGGUGGGACAAUGGCAGUCUGCCCAUCUGGAUCACAGCACAGAGGCAGGGUCUGAAGGCCGGCUCUCUGCACUUCCCUGGAACAGCAUCCCUAUACCAGGGGGAGAAGGUUCAAGUUGGAGAAAUGGAGCCAAUAUUUUACAAUCACUCUAAUGAGACAGCUUGGCAUGAGAAAGUGGAUAAAGUCAUGGCUUCCUGGUUCAGCGAGCAGGACCUGGAUUUUGUGUCGCUGUAUUUUGGGGAGCCGGACAGCACAGGGCAUAGGUAUGGACCGGAUUCCCCGCAGCGUAGGGAGAUGGUGAAGCAGGUGGACCGCACAGUGGGAUACAUCCGCCAGGCAGCCCAGAAGCACGGGCUCACUGACAGACUCAACAUCAUCAUCACUGCUGACCAUGGCAUGACCACAGUGCUCAGGAAUGGCCUGGUCAAGGAGAUCAUCAUAUCUAAGAUCCCAGGUUUUUCAUUUAAAGAUAUCAAGUUCCAGCUGCUGGAUUACGGCCCUACCGGCAUGCUACUUCCAAAGGAGGGAAUGCUGGAGAAAGUAUACAAUGCCCUGAAAGGUGCACAUCCUAAUCUCCAUGUCUACAAGAAGGAAGACAUGCCCAGUUACCUUCAUUACUCCAACCAUCCUCGCAUUCUGCCUAUUGUACUCUUCGCGGAUCCAGGAUUUGUUAUUAAUGGGUUGUUUCCCGUCCAGUCUAAUAAGGGGGAACAUGGAUUUGACAACCAAGCUAUGGACAUGAAGCCAUUUUUCCGGGCAGUGGGACCGGACUUCCACAAAAAUCUGGUGGUGGGCCCCUUCGAGACCGUACAUGUGUACCCCCUCAUGUGCCACUUGCUGGGCAUCACACCUGAAGUCAACGACGGCUCCGUAGAUGCCACACGACACCUGCUGGCCUCUUUUAAGGACUCGAGCCCGGCUGAGCGUUCGGAGCAGGGAGCUGUCUCUAGGGCCCUCAUCGGUCUGGGAGCAGUGGCUGGGUUUUUGGCACUUAUGUUUGCGGUGGCCGUCUCUCACAGCACGUACAAACGGCGGCGCGGCAAUCGCAGCUGCAAGGGAGGUGUGGACACUGAGGAACAAGAGGGCGUCAGCACACAAACAUCCUUCUAAGUACUUGCUGCACCUGAGCAGGAGAAAAUGAGAGACGAGUGGUACUUCAUAAACCUGAGAAUCACCACCUCCCUGAUCUUCUAAGCCCCCCCAAAAUAAUGUCUUCUGCAGCAUUUUGAUGACUAUAUAUAUAUAUACACACACACACCAUUCAGGGCCAAAUAUACAAUAUGUAUAUAUGUAUUUUUUAAAUAUUGCCAGCAGGGACAUUGUGUAUCAACAUAGAAAUCAAAUCCUGCACAGAUUUUCUUUAACCAGGAAAAUGAAGCAAUUAUACAGAAUUGUCACUGUCAAAGGAACAUUCUGCAACUGUUACCACAUUACAAGAAACAUGUAGGCUUCCCCAGUUAAUGCAAAAUGCAGCUAAGUAAAGUUGUUAAAGACAAACAAUGUAUGCAUUAUAAUUGAGGAAAUUUCAUACUAAUUAGUUAAUGUGGGCAACUAUCACGGAGAAUUAGCCCUUGA